AUGGAGCCUCGACCGCCGUCCGAAUCGAAUGAAGAGCGUCGCAAUCCUGAAGUUCCUAUGAGCGAUCGCCUAACUGACGGAUCAAAAACCAUAGACAUUCCUUCAGCAUUUCGUACUGGCGGGCUACCCCUCAAGUUUGAGCUAAGGGAGGUCAUGAAGCAAGAGACGAGUAACGAAGACAUUAUGUUUGAGAUCAAGUAUGUUCCCAUCACAAGCAAAGAAGUCAAGCGAUACGCUCGUAGGGUCAAAGUGAUCGAUACGUCUUCGGCUAGGACUUCGGCUACAAAGUUCAUACCAAUAAAGAAAUACACACAAUCCUACAAAGAUGCGGGGACAAAGCAUGAGCGAUACAUGCGUGAUGGAUGGUUCAAAUGCAUACACCCAGAGGGUGCAAGAGCUCUGACCGAUGCCGAUCUUCUCAAACCUGACAACCUUAAAGUCGCUACGGCGAGUGUCAAAGGCUUGAGGAAAAAGGUUAAGGACGAAGGAAAGACACUACCGGAAGACACGGAGAUCGUUUUGGAGCUAGGCAAGCCCGAGAGCGGAUGGAUCCUAACAGAAGAGGAAGUGAGAGAUGACUCGGAAGAGGAUGAGGGAGAAGAUGAUGAUCCUGACAUAUAUUCACUGCAACAAUACGACGACGUCGAUUCGGAAAUGGAACAUGAAGAACCUGCGAAAAUCCCCAAAUUGGACCGUAGGGGGUCGUCGAAGCGAAGAAUGGCAUACGCUAUCAAGGAUGCGAUCAGCGUGCAGUGUGGAUAUUACUUUGUGUCUCAUACUAACCGGUCUAUCUUCUGGAUCGAAGAUUUCAAGGCACCAAUUGUCGGUAGGGUGAAAGGUGUAAAAAAAAUAAGCCACAUAGGACGACGCAUUGAGUCUUUCUACUGGCGCCACUGCGGGCUGUUUCCCAACUACAGGCCUGUGACCGAAGCCGUCUUUGACGAGUUCACGGAACUUGUUUACUACGGAAUCACAGAUGGCGUAACCUCUCCCGAGUCACUUGUACCAUUUGACGCCGAUGAACUCAUCCCGGUCUCGGGGAUGUUCCAACACAAAGAUCGUAUCGUAGGUGAAACGCGGGAGCAUACUGUUUGGAUCAUUGCACGUUUUAUGCACGACUUUGCGCACGCUCGUUUUCGCGAUUUCUAUGGGCAGCAGGGUGCUCGCUUGAACGCAAAGCAAAGCGUUUACUAUGAUCAAACACAGCGAACUCUGUUUCUCAAGAUAUUCGCUCCGAUCACGUUCAAUGCGCCAAUGACAUACAUGAACGCGUUCAAAAGAGUUUCGGUUGAUCAUCUGAUCAAUCGUGUCCCGCUUAAGAAGUUCAUAGACAAGCUCAACGACGAGCUGAAAGGAUACACUUUAUACUCUACCGUUGUGCUCAACGCCAACAUCGUUUUUUUGGCACUGAUCUAUGUUAGCCCACCGGCGACAGACUCAAAUAUGCACCCUCAGACUGUGGCGCAGAUUUUGAGCUAUGUGUCAACCGUCGCAAGCAUGGGAUCGGUAGUUCUUGGUUUGAUCCUAUUCCGUCAGCACCCGCCAAAGUCUAUAGACGACGCUGCUCUCCUUUUUCAGUAG